CAUGUAUUCAUGCUCCCAACUCCGAUCGACGCUCGUGUGAACGUAGGCAUUACUCUUCUCCGAGCUCAGGAAAGAAAAUGUGUUCCUUUGCAUUUGCUGGCCUUCCUCCCCUUGCCAAAAGCGACCAUUGACCAACACCGUGCAUGAUGGCGAUUGAUGCAGGAAGGAAAAGACGAACGUGGACACGGUCGAAGAGAGGCUGUAGGACUUGUCGGUUGCGACACGUGAAGUGUGAUGAGGCAUAUCCUUCUUGCCGGCGUUGUCUGUCGGCAGGCCGGAUUUGCGACGGAUGUGCUGCUCCCUCAGACGACUGGGAAGUCGUAACUGUCUCGUCUAUUGGGACCAGUCCGGACCGUCGACCCAGCCCAGCCCGAUAUGACGGCCAGGCUGCGGACUGCUUCGCCUUCUUCCAGCGGCACACCGUGGAAUAUCUCACGGGGCUGCUCGAUCAAGAUUGGAAACAGCUCCUUCUGCAAGCUUCAGAACACAGCGAUGCCAUUUAUCAUGCUGCUUUGGCCAUGGGUAGCAUGCAUCGUACAGUCCUGUCGAGGCAGUCCCUUUCUGUAGGCCUCGAAGAAGAUCCCUAUGCUGUCAAACAGUACACCAAGUCGUUGCGGAUGCUAGCCCCCGCCAGGAAUAACGACCAGUCUAUCUCAGCAGACAUUGUGCUCUCUGCGUGCCUGCUAUUUAUCGGCUUCGAGAGUCUACGUCGAAAUUACGGGGUCAUGCUGGAGCACGUUAGGAGUGGCGUUCGCAUCGUUCAGCAGUGUCAGCAGAAUGCAUUCCGAACAGAUGGUUGCAACAUAAUCCCUAUGCAGAAGUUUGUUCCCGCUUUUGCCAGGCUCGAGAGACAGAAACAGGAACUGACGGGCGAUCUCUCUCCCCUCAUCGCCGAUUUGUUUGCUAAGCAAACAGCUUCAGGGUUCUUUGAGUAUUCAAGCACGAUGCCACAGCCUGUGCCUUGCUUUUCGAACUUGGAUGAGGCCUGGACCAGCCUUCAUGUACGAUGGCAUUCCCUCUUUCGCUGGGUCAAUGACGUGCGCGCGGACUGGCUUAAAAGCGUGGGCGAGAACUACCACGGUGGCAUAUUCGAAGCUCGAGCGGACACACCACUGGCAGAGGAACUCGAGCAACGAAGCCGGAGGCUUCGGCACGAUUUCGAAGUGUGGUACCUAGGUGUUAAGGAUCUACGUGCGCGACUGGGCAGCCUGUCGACGAGGGAUGCAUCCGUGUACACGUUACUCGAGAGUCAUGCCCUACUCGCUGAUAUUGUUCUCAGCACGGCAGGUCUGCCAAGGGAAUUGAUGUGGGAUAACCAUACACAAACUUUUGAUCGGCUGGUGAAACUUUGCCGCACGGUUAUGGAGAACGAGGCGAAGUCAAGCUCGGUCUCGUCCGAUGCCACGACGAGCAGUCCUAUCACAGUGCUUCAUCGUCACGCUCCAAGUACCAGGCACGGUGCCCACCAUUCACUGACCUUCGAAAUGGGGGUGUGCAUGAUCUUGAUACAAGUUUGCCUCAGGUGUCGCGACGCUCGCAUUCGUCUGAAUGCCAUCAAGUUAUUCGAGAAAUAUCCCCGACUAGAGGGCCUAUGGGAUGGAACACUUAUCGCCAGAAUCAGUCGCUCCAUAGAUGCUUACGAGCGGGGAGAUGAAUCGCUGGAAGAAGCGGCUGCAAGAGGAGCAACGUGCGACGAGAUUCCACUUUCGCGGCGAAUCGUGCAAACGGGCGGCACGUUUUAUACUCACUCAAGAAGCGGUGAGCUCAUUCUGUACAAAGCGAUAAAGCACGGCGACGACGAUCCCGGCCUCGUACGCAAGAUACACUCGUGGUAGUGAAGACAUUUGUGAAGGUUAAGCAAAACCGUCGUCCGGCCAUUGCGAUUGAACUCAGGCGUCGCACCCAUUUCUCUAGAAGCGGCCGCGCAGCAAGUCACUCGGUGACGUGCGGCUCAAGGAGGCGACGAGGUCGAAAUGAAUCAGCCUCCUUGGAAAUAAGCUCCAGGUUUUGUUUGUUCCGAGCAGUGUUUGGGCUCCAUCUUUGCUAGCACGACAUGUGUUUUUGAUGCUCGCACAUCGUGCUAUAGCUAUACACGUCUCGUCAAACCGUCUGCGAGCACUACAGCCUUCUUGAGGGUCGAGGCCGAACCCCGUACAGGAGUUCAGGGCCACGGCAAAGGCGAUUUCGUCCUGAUCAUGGAAUUAUUCUUAUUCUCAUUGUCGCAACCUCCACGACCUUGGAUCAUCUUCUCAAAGCAGCCGACAAUCCCGACGUCCUUGACCCAGCUCCUGCUCAGAAUUCAACGAAUCGCGACGACUACAGUGGAGUAAGUUCGACGCUGCUUCGUCUGCAUACAUUUCAUGGUAGCUUGUGUUAGUAUGCCUAUCGUCUCCACGAUCUCAGAGAUGUCGUAUUUGAAGAGAUUUUGGCUCAGGAUUUACCACUUGAACGAUGUAAUCAGUAUUUUGGUCCGGCUAGAACCUGUAGUUGCAUAUCUUGCCUCUGCAACGUUGAGGUUCAUUAUGAAAACGGCUUGUUAACUUGUCCAUGUGUGAACGGUCUAGAUUCAAUUCGAUCAACUCUAUCAAGGACACCGAGGUUCACUUUCAAGGCUGCGAAAUCACCAAAGGGUAUACGCAAUACAAUGAUGUACACCUGUAAGACCAACUGUGGUCCUCUCAGGCUCUAGGACAUUGCCGGCGUCUGGCAGAAACAUAUGAUUCAUGUCACAGAUACUAUUGCAUACCACUGAAUCUGCCGAUUGUCUAGCUCUGAGCGUAGAUAUGAGUAUAUAGCCAAGCUUUACAAUUUGCGACAAGAAUGUACAAAGUUCCAAGUCUUUUGACUUGGAUGAUGACGAUAAUUCAAGCGAGGCUUCGUUUCUUC